AUUUCAUCUUAUUUAAUUAUGUGAUGAAAGCGAUUUUCACUAAUUUAUAUUGACUUUGUUAGAUGGUUGGUUGGAGGCGAUCGACAGGAAGUUUUGAACUUAGGUUUCGUGUUUUGUUGCCACAUUGUAAACUUGACUGAUAGAAUUCAGUCUACACCAAACGAAGAACUAGACAGUGGCAUUAUUUACUAUCUAUUGUCCAAUCGAAAUUGUAUAUUGGUUCUGGUAAAUAAGUGAUAGGAUUUUGAAAACACGCACUUUUUCUGUCUGCUUUCUGAUGAUCAACAUUCUACUCCGUACGCCGAUUCUACCCAUCACUCUAUCACUACCUGAGGGUUCUUGAUGGUUAUCGUCGACUGAAAAUAUUAUAAGUAGAAAUCCCAAUUUCGAACUGUACAUAUGUAUAAAAAACGAUGUCCAAUAAUCAGAAUGAAUCACCCCGGUCAUCCAGUUAUCAAUCUGAAAAAUUAUUCCAAAAUGAAUCUGAUUUCAAAUCUAUGGUUAUUAAAUUGGUUCGUUCUGGUGAUGUUGCCUACCUGAAGUUGUUGGUUGAAUUGAUCAAUCCCUCUUCCUCCUGUACAAAAGUUUCAUGUUUAAGAAGAUUGUCAGAUAUUAAAGACCAUAAACAAUGCAAUUUGGUUCAUAUUGCUUGUAAAUAUGGAAAUAAAGAAAUGCUUGAAUAUCUUGUACAAAAACUGGGUCUAUCAGUUACAAAUGUUGACCAUUCCGGAAACAAUCCUGCUCAUCUCAUAUUGAUCUAUGCAUUGAAAUCUCUGAAAUCGAGCAGUAAAAAGAAACGACGAAAAAGCUCCAAAUGUCGUGUAAGAAAUUAUAUUGAUUGUUGUGAACUGUUGAAAAUUGUUUUACACCAGCACACAAAUCUUCUUACUAUAUCAAACAAACGAGGACAAAAGAUCCUGAAGUGCAUCUUGUCUGAUAGUCAUAGUCCAGUUCACCCGUCAACUUCAUCAACUAAACCGACAGAACAUGAUGAUGAGAUGUAUUCAUUUUUAUCUGAUUCAGAUGAAGCAAAUUAUUCAUCAAAUGAAUGGGAGGAUUAUUUCUCAGGUUUUGCUGACAGACCAUUCAGAUCUCAUUUAGACAGCAUCAGGGAAGAGUAUGAACGUCGUAAUCGGCCUACUGGUAUACCAAAUGUACCGAAAUCGCGCAAAAAUAGUAAUACAGAGACUAACCCCCCAGGAUUUUAUGAUCACCUUGGGUCAAAUAAUGAGUUGCCAAGUCGAAAAAUAAUCAAUCAGGACCUAGGAAGCAAAACAAUAAAUAUUUCAUAUGAAGAGUAUCUAGAGAAAUGGAAAGAAUUUAUCAACUCUGAUGAGAAUAAAAUUCUCAAUUAUCAUGAUAUAUUAUGGCCUCCAUUCAGUAGAGUCAUUGAAAUAAAUUCAUUGGAAUCUUCGCAUAUUGAAGACAUACUAACAUUUGUACACCAUUCAAGUCAAGCAUUACGUCAACUACAAGUGGAUUGGCAUCCAGAUAAGUUUUCUGGACGUUUUGGAACACGUUUUAAAUCAGAACGUGUUAAAAAUAGAGUUAUGAAACGUGUUGUAAAUAUAUCUCAACUUUUAAAUAAAGCUACUGAUUAUUUACGCAAUAAAGAAGAAUCUGUAUGAUUAUUAAGAUGAUGUCACAUAUCUGACUUAUGUUUUGCUUUACAUUCUGUUACGUAACCAUCGCUUAUUUAGCAUAGGAGAUAAGGUUGAGCACUGUCAGUUUACUUUCCUCAAUGUUUUGAAAGUGAUUGCUGGCUUGUGCGAAUGACAGUUACCACCUAAUGAGGUGCAAUCACCACAAGUCAUUUUCUCAUGCAUUCUUAUGUAUGUUUUCGUAAAUGCAUCUAGAAUUAUUACAGAUAGACUAUCUAUCUAAUUUAGAUUAACUAGUGAACAAGUUCAAUCCAAUCAAUCUUUAAAACAACAUCAACUGUAAUUCCAGCGUGUUCCAAAAAAACCAAAUCAAGUUUUCUCUUAGCAGAAAGCUUUUGAGGUGAAUGUAGGAGUAAGAAAGACUGUCUAUUAUUAUCGAUGAUAUUUCAGUUGUGGUGGACUGGAUUAUGUGGAAGACUGGGGAGCGAGAGGACACGAAUGCGUGCCACAGAUAAGAACACUCUAGAAGAUGUGGACUUCAUGGAUGAUUUAUUCCUAGUGUCACACAAACUCGAAGACUUACAGACGAAAACCGGAAAACUGACAGAAGAGGCAGGUAGUGAAGACGGGACUUCAAGUAAACAUAGAGAAGACGGAGGUAAUGAAUAACCAACCAACAACAACAACAAUCAUUAUCAAAGGAGUAAACUUGGAGAGGUGACUUCCUUCACUUAUCUA